CUUCUGAGUCCAUAACAAACAAGUCGCAGAUAAGGGGACAAGCACGACCCUCCCUUGGGUAGAGUCCACUGAAACCCUUCAACGUGACGCUUUAUGUACACGGGACUGUCAGGAACACCUUUCAUUCCUGGGACUGAAUGAGCUGUGCGUAAUUUGGAGACGAAACGCUUGAACUUUGAGGACUUUUUGAGACAUUGACGCUGAUGGGACAUGGCCAUGGCCUCAACAUCAGCAUCCACAUCAGGACCGACUUUGGGGUCGGAUUCGGAGGUUUCUCAUCUGGGAGGCAUUGAGGCCUUGAAGCUGAAGGUGGGUCCGGUGAGGAGGAACCUCUUCGGGCCCGUCGACCACCAGCAGCUGCAGAAGGACUUCCAGCGGCUGCUCUGCAUGAGUGUGGAGGUGGCCAACAAGCGCUGGAACUUUGACUUCCAGAGCGACGUGCCGGGGAACGGCUCCAGCAUGGAGUGGGAGGCUCUGAGGUGGCAGGACGUUCCGGUGUUUUACCGCAGCUGUAUGGUGCAGCCGGCGGCGAGGCCUGCAGCCGAGGCGACGAAAGCCAAGAGGUGGGCGUCGUCUUCGUCCAGCGAGGGUUCACCGGUGUCCAGCAGCUCAUCUGGGUCCGGCGACGAGUAUCUGGAAGUGACCACAAGGGGGUGCUACCGGCUCCAACGGCCGGGGAAACGCAGACAGGCGGCCAUCACAGAUUUCUUCAAGGUGAAGAAGAGGAAGCUGCUGCAUUACAAAGUAUCAUCUCGGCAGUAGAAGAAAAGCACAACGAGACCCAGUGGACGAUCACCAAGUGGUCGACUUCCUUCACGCAUCACCUCACCUUCAUCCUUUUGUAUAUAUGUAGCAAUUUGUAAGUGACUGUCCACAAGCACAUACGUGCGUGGGCUUAGAAACCUCUGACACCACAUACCUUUCAUUUUCAGCACAGGAAAGCUACCAUUUAACACAGCUCGGACUGUAGAAACGGUUUUUGUGGAUAACUAUAUAGUGUAUAUUCUCUAUACUGUUUUACUCAGCUUUUGACUAUACUGUGAAAUCAUUUUGAAUGCACUCUUUCAGGAGUUGGAAGAGGUUAAUUCUCCUCUUGAAAAGUCUUCAACCUCAGCCCUUGACCUGUUUUUUUCCCCCUCCCGUCAGAAGAGGUUUUGAUUAGACCAGUUACUAUUCCUGGAACCACACGUAGCCUUUUAGCCUCGGCCCUGACAGCUCGAGUUGAGCCGGGGGUCGAAACCUCGCCUCGAGGGUUCAAAGUUUGGCAGCGCGACUGCGAUUACCUCCAGGUUAAAGGUCAGCGGUGGAGGUUUCAGCUCCUGAGAUGAAGCGGUCGUACCUGUACGAGAAAAUUCUGAGCAAUAAUAAUAAUAGUAAAGUUUCACAUGUGACUAUUUAUUUAUUAUUCGCGAUGCUAGGUCAUCGUUAAAAAUAAAAUAAAAUUAAAAACAUAGUAAAACGAGGUAAGAUAAGGUGUUUUUAAGAUGCCAUCGCCCCCCAAAAUUAUGCCUUGUGGCUCUUUUACACUCCACUGUUGCCACCCUAAAAGUAUCGGCCAUUUUCCACCAUCACAACUUUGCAAAAAAAAAAAAAGUACAAAUAACAAACUAUAUUCUCUUUUUGCUUUGUAUUAUUCGCAUAAUGGGGUUGUAAAAAAUGUUAAUGGUGACAGACCGAAACAUAUCAGGUGGUAUGUUUUCAUCAGCUUUAUGCUUUAAAUAAUGUAGCAUUUUUUCACUCUUUGUCUUCAUGCGAUGAUGUCCACCUUGUAGGUUUUUAUUCACGCCUCUUUUCUCCAUGAAGGGAAUGUAGUGUUUUAUCACUGUGUUGCAGCUCAGAGGAACCUAAACUUUUUGGUUUCUGCUUUUGAUAAUUUUCUUUUUUUUUCUAUAUCUAUAUUUGAAGAGUCAAGCUGUGUCACAUUUUUCCGUCGCUGUGCAGUUUUUAUAGUGUUUGCUUUGUAUAUCUUUAUAUAUAUGUUUGCAUAUAAGUGUUUGUGUGUCAGUGAGUGUGUUUAGUUUCAGGUUUUUCAUGAGUUUUUAUGGCAGCUGAGGCAGUUGAACCAAAGGAAUUGUUGUGCCAUUAAAUAAGAGACAUUUUUAUCAGUUAUGGGUAACAGGAAGUCAACGGAAGGUCAAGAUUUUUACUUUGAAAUACUUUUAACCCUCCGAAAACCACAGUUAAAAUGCCAAAAAAAAACAUUUAAAAAAUGGGCAAAACAAAAAGUAGAUUUUCCUGAAUUAUAUAUUUUACAAAAAUAUCUAAAAAUAAAUCAACAUGUACGACAUUUUUCAAUUGCCCAAAGGCAUUAACAAUACUGGAGAAAUGGUUUUCAUACUUGUUUAAUGUCUGCACAGCCUGCAGUUCAAUCUAGUUUGGCUGGAAAAGUCCCUGAAUUUUUGCUUUGUGACUUUUAGUUCCACUUGUGUCACUUGUGGCUUCCUGGUUGCACUGGGAAGUACAGAAUUUUAUUAUUUUUUUUUAAACAGAAUCUCUUUCAUGUAAAUGGUUAAUUUGGGGACUUUUUAAAUGUAACCUGUAGAAACUUUCCCAAUUUUAAAGUUACAUUUGGUUAAAUUCCCAACUUCAUCAAACUUUUCAGCAGGAUUUGGCCUUUAGAGGGUUAAAAUGUCAAGUUUACAGUAUUUAAAAGGUGAGGCUGUUGGCUUUCUGUGACCCAUAACACAAUCUUCUGUUUUUUUCCCCUCAGUACGUUAAUUGUCAUUUUUUAAAUAUGGACAAGAAGCCAUAACCAGGGUUAAUCCGCUCUUUACUACCUCAUCGUGUGAUUCAGUAACCGAAAAACAAUCAGUGUAGCUCAGGUUGUUUGCAUGUACAGGCCACGAAAGAGAGACCGAGAGAUGGACCCAUAGAGGGGCGGAAGGGUUAAAGCUUGUUAUUGUGUUGUGGUAAAAGCUGUUGAGGUUCAGCGCUUCGUGUCGAGUUUCACAUCAGGUAAAAGAGUCAGUGUGUCAGAGCUCGACGUAAAGGAAACCCCGAUCCCCGGAGGGGGGAGGCGGCCGGCUUUUGUUGUCACUCUUUGCUUUGACAGCGGUUGGGGGGAGGACGACGGGGAAAAAGGGACGAACUUUAAUAGAAAACCUUCACGAGAGAAAAUGUCUGAGACCCUUCCUCGAUCAAAGGGUCCCUCCAGCCAGACGAGCGGCCUCAGAUUCAGACAUGCUUUUGUUUCCCCCCUUAAAAAGUCUCUCAGUCUCUCUUUUGUGAACCGGCUGCCUCAGUCUGUGCGAAAAAUCAGCAUGAAAGCAGUUGUUUGUAAUCAUGUUGUGCUCUUUUUUUCCCCCAUCAUUCCACACAGAGUCACAGAUUUUAAAAUAACCGACAUGGUUUAAAAAUCGUCAGGAUUUCUUGCUUGUUUGUCAGCUUAUAUAUAUGUGUGUGUGUGUGUGUGUGUGUGUGUGUGUGUGUGUGUGAGACUGUUUGUGUGCAUCUUUCAAGACGAAACUUUCAAAGUCUAUAUUAACUUAUUUGCAGUUUUUGUCUUUUGUUUUUGUGCGGAAAUAAUUCUAAAUUCACCUUUUUUGCUACAACUAAUUGUAUUUUUUUUCUCCUGAAACUACACCUUUGCACUACUUUAAAAUGUGGUUGACAAAAGAACUACUUUUCUAGAGCAGUCUUUAAAAAAAAACAAACUUAAAAAUCCUCAUUGAAAAACUGAGACACAGAUGAGGAAUUUGUUGACAAUUAAACCUCUCCCAUAAGACACUAUGGAGAGGAAAAAUAAAAAUAAAAAUCUCACAGUGCUCAAGCAAACGCUGCUUCCCUAAUUCACUUGUCGCAGCUAUAUCGAGGUGUAGUGUUUUCCAUUUUUUUUGACUUUGUAUAUGCAUGAAUGUAUGAUAAUAUUUGUAUACCAGUUGUAAUAAUUUUAUUGUAAUUUAAUACUGGUAUAUGUAUCCUUGCAACAUGUAAGAACUGUAUGAGAUCAAAAUCAUAUCCUUUUUUUAAAUAGGAAUAUUUGUAUAGAAAAUGUUAAAGAUUCUGUUGCUGGGUUGUUGGUGCACUGUUGCCUUUCAUCAUGUCAUAUAGUGUGCGCAAAUUAAUAAAAUGUUAUAUUGAUUUAAGCCGUAAA